AUGAGGUAUCAAGCUCACAUAAAUGUGGAGUAUUGCAACAAGUCCAAUGCUAUAAAAUAUUUGUUCAAAUAUAUCAACAAAGGUGCAGACCGAGCAAUGCUUGAAAUUUCACAGAAGGACAACUAUGCUCAAGCGAAAGAGCCAGUGGAUGAGGUAAAGCAAUAUUAUGAUUGUCGUUAUCUAUCUUCGUGUGAGGCAGCUUGGAGAACAUUUGGCUUUACCAUACACAAACGAUGGCCGUCUGUGCAAAAACUAAAUUUUCAUCUCCCAAAUGAAUAUUUGGUUUACUAUAAUGAUGACGAAGACGUUGGAGAUGUUCUAGAAAAGAGUGGUACAAAAUCCACAAUGUUUAUGGCUUGGUUUGCAGCUAAUGAAAAAUACCGAGAAGGGCAGGAUCUAACAUAUGCUGAAUUUCCCAGUUGA